GCUCCCGGAGCCGCCGUUCCCCGUUCUGCAGAGCAGCGGGGCGGGCGGGGCGGGCGGGGCCGGGGCGGCCGCUCGGGAGCCGGCGGGGAAACGAAGGGUUUAGCGUGGGGCCGCCGGGGUCUCCUCCGCCGGGGUCUCCUCCGCCGCGCACGGGGAACGUCCGGCAGGGGCUCCGGGGCGGGAGGGACCGUUCUGCCCGCACCCCCCCGGCGGAACCCGGUCCCGCAACGAGCGGGUGUGCGGGGCGGGCAGCGGGGGCCCAGCCCGCCGGCCCCGCCCUCUCCCGUGCCGGGCGGGGCCGGGCAGCAGCGCCGAGCCGAGCCGAGUCUGCCCAGCGCCGGCCGAGCAGCGAGCGUGCCCGGGACACCGACCAGGAAGCCCCGUGAACAGUUCCAUGGUCUCGGCUUCUCCAGCACCACCGUCUCUCCACGUUGGAUGUUUUUGAGGGUAAAUCCAUGCGUUUCCCCCGCCUGCGGACCAGCAUCCGCGGAGCCGCGCGGUGACCCGUGUGCCGAGGAGCAGGCCGGUUCUCGCUCUCUGGGCGGACGCAGGUGAAGGAGGCCCUCAGGCUGGCACCAUGACAGAGUGCUUCGACUGCGACAACUGCAAGGAGUCCUUGUACGGGCGCAAGUACAUCCAGAUGGACAACGGCCCGUACUGCAUCCCCUGCUACGACGCGCACUUCGCCAACACCUGCGAUGAGUGCAAAGAGCUGAUCGGCCACGACUGCAGGGAGCUGUACUACGAGGAUCGCCAUUACCACGAGCACUGCUUCCGUUGCUUCCGCUGCGAUCGCUCUCUGGCCGAUGAGCCGUUCACCUGCCAAGGCGAGGAGCUGCUGUGCAAUGACUGCUACUGCAGCGAGUUCUCCUCCAAGUGCAUCGCCUGCGAGAAGACCGUCAUGCCAGGAUCCCGUAAGCUGGAGUACAACGGACAGACCUGGCAUGAGCAUUGCUUUAUCUGCAGCAGCUGCCAGCAGCCCAUCGGGUCACGGUCCUUCAUCCCAGACCAGAAGGAUUAUUACUGUGUCCCCUGUUACGAGAGCAAGUUUGCUCCUCGCUGCACCCGUUGCAAAAAGACCCUGACCAAGGGAGGAGUGACUUACCGGGACGAGCCGUGGCACAAGGAGUGUUUCGUCUGCACGGGCUGCAAGACCCCGCUGGCUGGGCAGCAGUUCACCUCCCAGGAUGACAACCCGUACUGCAUCAAGUGCUUUGGGAAUCUCUAUGCCAAGAAGUGCAGCGCCUGCACCAAGCCCAUCACAGGCUUUGGCGGUGGUAAAUACGUCUCCUUUGAGGACCGUCACUGGCACCAUAAUUGUUUUAACUGCGCCCGCUGCAACACCUCGCUGGUCGGGAAAGGCUUCAUCCCUGACAACGAUGAGAUCCUGUGCCGUGACUGCAGCAGCGACCUAUGAGCCUCCGAGGACACCGUGGGGCAGGGCCUUUCUCUAUUCUUCAGGGUCUUUGUGCCAGACGCCCCCACAACGUUCCAGGGGCCGGGCACAAGGCACAGGAGAUGGGGGCUGACCCCAAACCGCGGUGUGUGCAGGGGAUUCCUGUGCCCCUUCCUGAAGGCUAGAGUACGCUGUGCUAUGGCUCUUUGCAGAGUCAAAGCUAAAUAAAGUUGAAAAAGGAGCUUCAAGAUCCCCCCCCAUUAUUUACUCUUUCUUUUUGCUUCCUGUCUGACCAGGCAUGAGCUGAGCAAAGGGCAGCAGCAGCUUCAGCGUUGGGUGCUGGGUCUGCAUGCGUUUGCUCGCCUGGCACAGCGCUGACUUUUCUCCUUCCCCAUGUGCUUCCCGCGCUCUGUGUGAUGUCCGGCAGCAGCUCCUGGUCCCCGUGGCGUGGCCGUGCUGCCUGCGUGGCGGGCGGUUUGCAGCACAGCCUGUGCGUGCGGCUGGCGGGCGUGCAGGGCCCUCCGUGCCCCGUUUGGAGACACCAGGCUGGAGCGUGGCCAGAAGAGCGUGUGGCCUGCCAGAUGGGACCCACCGGGAUUUCUGUAGCCACCUCACCAUUUGCGGGCCAGACCCUUUGCCGUGCACGUCUCUGUGGAGGUGCUCUCACUCGGAUGUGGAUGAGGAGCUCAAAUCGCUUGCAGGUACCCCCUGCCCGCCCUGUUCCUGUCUAUCUGCACUGUGAUCUCCCGUGGCUGCCCCUGCGUUGUCUGGGCUGGGGCUGGUGGGUCCUGGCCACUGGUUUCGCCCCUAGAUGCACUGGGACGCUGGUGGGGAGGGUCUGCAAGGGCUCCCCUGGCCACAUUCGUCCCUCACUGUGUCCCAAAUUAAAGCAAAGGUGACACCUGGGCUGCCAUGCAGAGGGACUUUGGAGCUCCCCAAUCCUUGUGUUGGCCCUGACUGUGCAAAAUCAGACACCUUGAGCCUUCCCAAAGUCACCCCAGGGCUGGAGCCGUCCCUGCCCGCCAGCUGAGCUGGCUCUGGUCCCCAGGGCCCCUCUACAGUGGGACACUCACGCUGCCUUGUCUCUACAGCCCUUUUGCUUCUGUCUUGCUGGGGCACUUGUGCUGACCCUGCUUUCCUGCUUACACAGCCACGUGCGUUUCCCAAAGCAUCUCCUUGUGGGUUUAUUUUUCUCUUUUGUACUCUUUUUUGUCAUGAAUAUCUGUCGUUUUGUAACCAACCGCAGGAUGAAGGGGCUAGCCCUCCCCUCCCAGGCCUCACAGGAAACAGGAAAUGUUAUGCAUGUUGAAGUGUUGUUAACUCUGUAUGCGGAUCCUUGUUAAACCCUUGUUUGAAAGCUUUGAUGCAGGUAAAUCAGAGUUUGUGCGUUUGCUAUUCUGAGGAGCUUGGAGCAGUCUCUAGAAGGAAGUGUCCCAAACCUCAGCCUCCUGUGUAUUUCCUACGGCUUUAUAUAAUAAACCGUUCUAGUGAC